UUUAUGCCAAAUACUCGUAAAGGGGCAGUUUCGCGCUUUGCCCUUACAGUUUCUUCCACUCGAAGCUCCAUUCUUGAACCCUUUUCUGUAUCUAAUCAAUGAUGGGAGCUGGGAAGGGAACACAUUCAAUCAUGGUAAAUGCUUCUGCAGUUGCAUCAUCUAACCAGACAAAAAAUGGUGGAGGCUCUAGAAAUUUGACCAGAAGUCAGCUUGGCGGUGUCAUAUUUGGUUGCAAGAAUAACACUAUGAAAGAGUGUCUCUCGAAGCAACUAUUUGGUUUGCCAGUUCAACAUAUUUCAUAUGUGAAGAACAUAGAUCCAGGCUUGCCACUAUUUUUGUUCAACUAUACUGAUAGAAAGCUUUACGGCAUCUAUGAAGCCGCAGGCUCUGGUCAAUUGCAUAUUGAUCAAUAUGCUUGGACGUCAGAUGGUUCUAUCAGAACUCCUUAUCCUGCACAGGUUCAAAUACGUGUACGUCUGCUAUGUCAACCGCUGCGAGAAAUUCAGUUUAAGCCAGUAAUUGAGGAUAACUAUUAUAGUCAGAACCAUUUCUUGUUUGAGUUAGAUCAUGUUCAAGCUGGUAAAUUGAUCUCCAUAUUCUCGUCUCUUGCAUUUGCUCCAAGUAGUAGCCCAUCACAAAAAUUUGCAAUAGAGAGAAGUAUAUUCCAAGGUUUACCUGCCAAUGACAAAAGAGAGGAAGAAGGAUGUUUUCAGUCACAAGACUUCAAAGAUAUUUUUCCCUACUCAUCUGGUUUGAAUGGGAAAUUGCGGGCUAGACACACUUCUCUUCAUUCAAAUGGUAACCAGCAGCUGGAGGUACUAUUAGAUAAUCAGGCAGAAUUGGAUGAGAAGGAUCUGAUAUACAUAAAGCUUAGAGAAUUGGCCCUUCAGCGUGAAUUCUCAGGUGGCAUUACAGAUGGGCCUUCAGAUGAAGCAAUCACUGCAGUCAUACCUGCAUCUAUAAAUGACGCAAUCAUUGGGCAAGAAACUUUGCAGGAAGAGCUGCCACCUGGAGAAGUGCAGAAUUUAGACUACUGUGACUUAACUGGUGAUCCAUCUGUUAUUGCUCAGCUUCUUCAAGUUAAGGAAGAAUUUAAAGCUUUUAAGGAAGAGCACAUUCAUAAGAUGGAUAAUCUGAAGCAGGAGCUGGCUUAUGCAAAACAAGAGAUUACACAGUUAAAAUAUAGAUGUAUGAUGCUGGAGUCCUCAAAUACUGAUUGUACACGUGCUGAUGAAAUAAUGAUCGACCCUACUGAUGAUGCACACCUGAAGCAUGAGUCGAUUUUCCUUACUGGAGGAUAUGAUGGUGUAUCAUGGUUAUCAGCAUUGGACUCGUAUUUGCCUUCAUUUGAUGUGUUAAAAUCACUUAAACCAAUGAAUUCAGUCCGCGCAUAUGCCUCAGUUGCAAAGCUGAGUGGAGAAUUUUAUGUAUUUGGUGGUGGAACUGGAAGCUUGUGGUACGACACAGUUGAAUCAUAUAACCCAGCUGAUGAUGAAUGGACUGUACGUCCUUGUCUGAAAGAGAAAAAGGGUAGCUUAGCUGGUGCCGCUUUGAAGGACAAAAUAUUUGUAAUUGGUGGUGGAAAUGGGAUUGAAUGCUUUUCAGAGGUUGAAAUGUAUGAUCCUCAAGUAGGACGAUGGAUUACUACACAAUCCAUGUUGCGGAAGAGAUUUGCUCUUGCUGCAGCUGAACUCAAUGGUGCAUUAUAUGCUGUUGGUGGGUUUGAUGGGAGCAAUUACCUGGAGACUGCUGAAAGAUUUGAUCCCAGAGAACAUUCCUGGACAAAAAUCGGAAGUAUGAACAACAAAAGAGGAUGCCAUUCGUUGGUUGCCUUGAGCGGGAAGUUAUAUGCACUUGGUGGCUACGAUGGAUCUAAAAUGGUGCCGAGCAUUGAGAUAUAUGACCCUCGUCUAGGAACAUGGAUGACUGGUGAGCCGAUGAACCAUUCAAGGGGAUAUUCAGCUGCUGCUGUUCUAAAGGAAUCCAUCUAUGUCAUUGGAGGGGUUCAAUCUGAUGAGGAGAUAGUAGACGUGGUUGAAUGUUAUAAGGAGGGUCAAGGUUGGCAAAUGCCUAACUUGAGGGCUAUCAGAAAAAGGUGUUUCACCUCAGCUAUAGUUUUAGGGGAAGACUAAACUCUGCUUUGAUAUAGAAGCUGAUCUCGAGCAAUAGGAGGUAGUUUCUUCUUAGAAUCUAACGCGUCCUUUGUCCGACAAUGUUUAUAUCU